UCACACACACACCAUACCAACAACAUGUCUUUCAGCACAUCCAAGCCUGCUUCCUUCUUGGAAGCAUUCCAUUCAUCAAACGGCAAGCGUCUCCAGGUCGACAGCGAUGUGGACCUGGUCAACAUCGUUGAUCCCCUGCCGUCAGAGAUUCUUCACGCCGAAUCUCUCCGUCACUCAUCGAGCGACCAUACCUUUGAGAGCUAUUCCAAUGGAGUGAUUGCAAUGCUUCCGAAUGAGAGCGAUGUCCAGAUGCGACGCCCUUCGGAAUGGUUCACCAAGCAAGCCACCCUCACGCCUGGCGCAUUUUUUCACCCCGUGGUGGUUCUUCAGCACCAUCCACAAGCAAAGGAUCUCCUUUUCGUGGGACCUUUGACCUCGUGGGGUGGGAGAUCACUCGGCGAGAAAUUCGCCAACACCAGCCAGGCGAUGCGGGAGAGCAUUGCAGCCCAAUAUCUCUCCAUGAGGACCGAAGGGGCCCAGCCAUCCGAGUGCGACACCAUCGACCGGUUGGAACACACUGGGCCGGAGAUGCCCAAGGCAUCGUACAUGAGCCUCACGCAGGGUUUCUGGAUUCCCUCAUACUGCCUGGAUCAUUACCGCGGUCGCGAGCGCAAGCUCACCGCGAACUCAGUUCACCUCGCGCGAUGGGCUUACACCCGCGCCGAGAUCCAUCGCCGUAUCCACGGCAUCUCACAAAAGGUGCCAGAGUCCAGGGCACCUCGUCAACUCCUGACGCCCCCACCCUCGCCUCCAUCUUCGGGACGAACGACCCGCUGCGAUCCCUGGACUUCCGAUGUUCCAGCUCUCACCAUGCCAGUCACUCCGGCGUGGAGACAACAAGAUCGCCAGCGAUCGAUGAGUCCGAAGAAGAAGGAGAUGAUGGCUGGAUCCUGGAGGUGA